CGCCCUCAUCAAUACGGAAGUGGAGACGCCGAACAGAGUGGGGGAAAUAAGUUGAGACUAAAAAGACGCUGAAAAUAUAAUGAAAUGUUUUCACCAGUGUAUUUAGUGUUUGUGGAACAAUGGUGUAAGCUGCAGGACAAUUUAUAAAGUCUUCUAAUCGUUUUCUUUUAUUAGUUCAAGAAAGAAAAGUUUGGCUGUAACAUCAAGAUUGGGAUGGCAAAUAAUAAUUUACAGAAAGCCAUCGACUUGGCCACCAAGGCUUCAGAGGAGGACAAAGCCAAAAACUACAAGGAAGCUUUGCGCCUCUAUGAGCAAUCCAUUCAGUACUUUCUGCAUGUGGUGAAAUACAAGGCUCAGGGCGAAAAGGCCAAGCAAAGCAUCAGGACAAAGUGUAAAGAUUAUCUGGAUAGAGCUGAGCAGCUCAAGGAAUAUCUGAAAAAGGCUGAAACGCAACCACCUGUCAAGCCUGUCAAAGUGUCCAACGACAAAGGGAAUGACAGUGAUGAUGGUGAUAACUCGGAGAAGAAGAAAUUGCAAAAUCAGCUUCAAGGUGCCAUCGUCAUGGAGAAGCCUAACAUUAAAUGGAAUGAUGUUGCUGGAUUAGAAGGAGCCAAAGAGGCGCUGAAAGAGGCCGUCAUUCUACCCAUUAAAUUUCCACACCUUUUCACAGGAAAGAGAACUCCAUGGAGAGGGAUCUUGCUGUUUGGUCCUCCAGGUACAGGGAAAUCAUACCUGGCUAAAGCAGUGGCCACCGAAGCCAACAAUUCAACCUUCUUCUCCAUCUCCUCCUCUGAUCUUGUGUCCAAAUGGCUGGGGGAGAGUGAGAAAUUGGUAAAGAACCUGUUCAGCUUGGCUCGGCAACACAAACCCUCCAUCAUCUUCAUCGACGAGAUCGACUCUCUGUGUGGCUCCAGGAGUGAUAACGAGAGCGAAGCAGCUCGCAGAAUAAAGACAGAGUUCCUGGUUCAGAUGCAGGGUGUUGGAAACGAUAACGAAGGAAUUCUGGUGCUUGGAGCAACAAAUAUACCUUGGACUUUAGAUUCUGCCAUCAGAAGAAGGUUUGAGAAGCGUAUUUACAUCCCUCUUCCUGAGCAGCAUGCACGAUCGUUCAUGUUCAAGCUGAACCUCGGUACGACUCCGAACAGCCUCUCCGAAGACGACUUCAUCACGCUGGGGCAAAAGACGGAGCACUAUUCAGGCGCCGACAUCAGCAUCAUCGUCAGGGACGCCCUCAUGCAGCCCAUCCGCAAAGUGCAGUCAGCCACUCACUUUAAAAAGGUCCGUGGAAAAUCUCAGAACAACGAUGUAAUAGUGGAUGACCUGUUGACCCCUUGCUCUCCAUCUGACCCAAACGCGAUACAGAUGACUUGGGUAGACGUGGAAUCUGAUAAACUGCUGGAGCCCAUCGUCAGCAUGGAUGACAUGCUGAGGUCGCUGGAAAAAAACAAGCCUACUGUGAAUGAAGAAGACCUGAAGAAGCUGGUGAAGUUUACUGAGGAUUUUGGCCAAGAGGGCUAACUACACCAAGAACCUUUUGUUUUAUGCUUUUUUAUAUUCGCUUUUAUUUUUCUACUCAGUUUGCAUGAAGCAUGGCGAACCUAUCUGCCUACUCGAUACGGUGUAAACAGGGAAACGAGAUCAUUUAUUUAUUGUAUGUGGAUGUUAUAAUGGUGGGAAUAAUAAGCUGGAUGUGGGCA